UAUGGAUUCUGAGACUAAGAGUAACAAUAUCGUCUGUGACAACGGGUCUGGAUACAUCAAGAUCGGCCACGGAGGUGACAACUUCCCUCUAUAUACCCUGCAAGGGGUCGUCGGCCGUCCUUUGAUCAGAUCAGGAGAGAAGGUCGAUGGAGGAGAGCUUAAAGAUAUAAUGAUUUGUGAUGAGACCACUAAGUAUAGGUCUAUGCUUGAGCUUUCUUAUCCUUUGAUAGAGGGAACAGUCAAAAAUUGGGACGAUAUGGAGCUGGUAUGGGAAUAUGCCUUCCAAAACAAGAUGAAUCUUGGAGAUCUGGGUGAUAAGAAUGUGUUACUCACCGAAGCUGCUGUAAGCCCCAAAAAGAACCGGAUUAAAAUGGCAGAUAUAAUGUUUAAUAAGUUUGGAUGGGGAGGACUGACUUUCGAAAUUCAAGCACUUCUUUGUCUAUUUUGUGAGGGGCUCAUCACAGGACUUGUCCUGGACUCUGGAGAUGGUGUAUCUCAUACUAUUCCAGUCUCAGAAGGAUAUGUACUUGACGAUUAUGUGCAAAGACUUAAUGUAGCAGGAAGGCAUGUCACAGAAUAUCUGGGAAAGCUGUUGCUAUUUUCAGGAUACGCAUUUAAUUCGUCUUCAGAUUAUGAAAUUCUGAGGACUAUCAAAGAGACAGCAUGCUAUGUCAGCUACGACAUCCAAAGGGAUAGAAAAUUGGCUAGAGAUACUUGAGUAGUAAGUAAAGAAUACAGGCUCCCAGACAAGAAAAAGAUUACUAUUGGAAGAGAAAGAUUUGAAGCAGCAGAAUGUCUCUUUGACCCAAGUCUCAUUGAUGUUGAGAGAGAAGGGAUCCCUAAUAUGAUACUAGAAACAAUCAUGAAAAGUCCCCUCGAUUGUAGAAAGGAUCUUUACAACAAUAUCGUCCUUUCAGGAGGUUCAACAAUGUUCCCAGGAUACCCAACCAGAGUUGAGAAAGACUUAUGGUCUCUCUUCAGAGAAAUAAUAAUGGAAGGCAAAGACUAUGAACAUGGAAUAAAAAUUAGAAUCAACGACUCUUUUAGAAGAAAGCACUCUGUCUUCACAGGAGGCUCCGUCCUCUCUCAACUUAAAGGUCUUAAUUGGGUCACUAAAGAACAAUAUGAUGAAGAAGGAGAGAGAUGAAUCCUUGGAUCAGCAAUUAGAUCUGCUACAUAA